CCACCCACUGCGUUUACCGACAAAAAGGAAGAAAAAGAAAGGAAUAUGAAAGUGUGUCAAUCUGAUUCUUUGUUUGGUUUCCAAACAGGUGGAAAUUUUGAUUUACUCGUAAUGUGCUGAUAUUUUCCUUUCGGUUUUGGAAAUGAAGCUGACACUAGCUGAUCUGCAACUUGUACUGCUCCUCAUUACUUGUGCUCUGCUCCGCGUACAAGCUUCGGUAAAUACAGGAUUUAACGGCUCGAGUGAAGCUGGUAAAGGUGUGUCAUCGUGUCCUAAUGGUUGGGUCAUUGGCCUUAAUAAAAGUAAAUGCUUUGGUUAUAUGCGAAGCUCCCAGUCAUGGAAUGAGUCAGAGACCCUCUGUAAAGGUUAUGGUGGGCAUUUGCUAGCAUUAACAUCAUUUCAAGAACUGAGCUUUGCUCGUAGCCUAUGUGGUGAAGUUGCCAAAGGCUGUUGGAUUGGAGGAAGAGGUAUCAACUCUACUAUCGGCUCUGGUUGGAAGUGGUCAGAUAAUACAUAUUAUUGGAAUGCGUCCAUCUUUCCUGAUGCAACUGUUCAAUCCAAUUGCUCUAGUUUGUCCUGCCACAUCAACAAUUCGUUUGAUUUAUGUACACUGGUGACUAAUGGAUCAGCAUCUCUUGUUAGUGAGAAAUGCAACAUGUCUCAUGCUUUUAUAUGCAUGAUUGAUAUAGGAAGCAUAUGCCACCACUUGCACUGCCACAAGGAAUAUCUUAUCAUCCUUGCAGUUGUAAGUGGCUUGAUCCUCUGCACCACAUUAGCUGUAGUAGUUUGGCUUCUUGCCUACAAGCGGAGCAAGAAGCGCAGACGGUCUCGCAAACUAUCUAAUCCGGCAGCUUCUGCAUUAGUCCCCCCAUCAUGGAAAGUCUUCGCCAAAGAGGAACUAAAGUCAAUUACAAAGAACUUUAGUGAAGGAAACCGUCUAGUUGGAGAUGCCAAGACGGGUGGCACGUAUAGUGGCCUUCUACCUGAUGGCUCAAGGGUGGCAGUUAAGAGGUUGAAGAGAUCUAGCUUUCAGAGGAAAAAGGAGUUCUAUUCUGAAAUUGGAAGGGUUGCAAGGCUUCACCAUCCAAAUUUGGUGGCCGUAAAGGGAUGUUGCUAUGAUCAUGGUGACCGCUACAUUGUUUACGAGUUCAUAGUUAAUGGGCCCUUGGAUAGAUGGCUACACCACAUCCCAAGGGGGGGCCGGAGCUUAGAUUGGGCUAUGAGAAUGAAAAUUGCCACAACUCUUGCUCAAGGAAUUGCAUUCCUGCAUGACAAGGUUAAGCCACAUGUUGUGCAUCGAGAUAUACGUGCCAGUAAUGUACUACUUGAUGAAGAGUUUGGAGCACAUUUAAUGGGGGUUGGCCUAUCAAAGUUUGUGCCAUAUGAAGUGAUGCAUGAGCGGACUGUGAUGGCUGGUGGCACGUAUGGAUACCUUGCUCCAGAAUUUGUGUACAGAAAUGAGCUUACAACAAAGAGUGAUGUAUAUAGUUUUGGUGUGCUGCUGCUUGAAAUUGUGAGUGGGCGUAGGCCUGCACAGGCAGUUGAUUCGGUAGGUUGGCAGAGUAUUUUUGAAUGGGCUACGCCUCUGGUUCAGGCUCAUCGCUACCCAGAUCUCUUGGAUCCUCACAUAUCUUCUUCUUCUUCUGAUAUUCCGGAGGCUGGUGUCAUUCAAAAGGUGGUAGACCUUGUUUACGCUUGCACACAGCAUGUCCCAUCUAUGCGCCCCAGAAUGUCUCAUGUUGUCCAUCAGCUGCAACAGUUGGCCCAGCCACCUAUUGUAAAGUGAGUUCCACUAAUCUUUAGUACUCCAUACCUAAUUAUGAAUUGGGGACUCAUUUUCCCCAUAUUUUCUGUGCCUAAAUCAUUUUUGUGGAGCAAUAUUAGCAACUAGGAUUUAGCACUAAUGUAUUUGUGGAAGACGACUUUGUUGUAGUGUUAUCGUUAAUGUAAUUGUGGCAAAUGUGUAUUUAUUGCAAAUAAUGGACAUGUGCAGUGAAUACAAUCUUCAAUCAUUAGAAACAAACUGCCCCAUGUUAACCCC